AUGGGUCACAUGAUUUUCCUGCUGCUUCUGACCCUUCCCCUCCUGGGAAACUCAGUCCCUGUGAUUCAAGACAAGCAGGAGACUAGGAUUGUUGGGGGCGAUGAUGCUCAGGAGGGAGAAUGGCCAUGGCAGAUCAGUCUGAGGAAAAGUGUUGAUGGUUUCUGGAUGCAUGUCUGUGGGGGCUCUCUCAUCGACCCCAGUUGGAUCCUGACUGCUGCCCACUGCUUUUCUGGAUCUGGAAAGGAAACUUCACAAUAUAUGGUCCAAUUGAGGCAACAGAAUCUAUAUGAAGAGGACAACCUGGUGCCCCUGGAAGAGAUCAUUAUUCACCCUAAGUAUACUGGUUUCACGGCAGGCUCUGACCUUGCCCUGCUAAAACUGCAGUCCCCUGUGCAGUUGAAUAAGACUGUCCAAAUUAUCAUGCUCCCUGAAGCCUCCCAGACCUUCACUCCAGACAUGGAAUGCUGGGUCUCUGGUUGGGGAGACAUUAGAUUUGAAGUGCCCCUGCCCCCUCCCUUCACCCUGCAGAAGGUGAGGGUCCCUGUGAUGGAUGCCGUAACCUGUGACCAGGAAUACCAUGAAAAUAACUUCAUUCCUGAAGAUGAAAGGGUUAUUCUUGAUAACAUGAUCUGUGCUGGUGAAGCUGGAAAGAGCCCCUGUCAGGGUGACUCUGGGGGAGCCUUGGUGUGUAAGGUUAAGGGCUUCUGGUUCCAGGCUGGAAUAGUGAGUUGGGGAGAGAUUUGUGCUGCUCCCCAUAGACCUGGAGUCUUCACUCGUGUCGCAGCUUUUGUGGAUUGGAUCAAUCAGCACAUCCAGUGA